CGGGGGCCGAGCGGAGGGGCUCUCCGCGGCUGUGCAUUUCUGGGAAACCACCACAGCCCGAGCGAGCGGGCGACCCGACCUUCUGCGAGCGGCGCGGCACCAGCGAGCGGCGCGCAUGGAUUUAUGAAAACACUCAUGCAAGAAGUUUGCAGGACUGGGGCAAACUUUUCCACCGGCUCCGCGUCCGCCGCUGCCCGCGCCUCGUCUCCUUUCCCCUCUUCGCCCGGCGGCCGCCGCUGCCCGCGAUGGUGGCAGGGCUGCUGGGCGGCGGCGGCGGGGCCCGCGCGGGGACCGUGCCGGGCGCCUGGCUGUGCCUGAUGGCGCUGCUGCAGCUGCUGGGCUCGGCGCCGCGGGGCUCGGGGCUGGCGCACGGCCGCCGCCUCAUCUGCUGGCAGGCGCUGCUGCAGUGCCAGGGGGAGCCGGAGUGCAGCUACGCCUACAACCAGUACGCCGAGGCGUGCGCGCCGGUACUGGCGCAGCGCGGCGGGGGCGACGCGCCGGGGGCCGCCGCCGCCGCCGCCGCCGCCUUCCCGGCCUCGGCCGCCUCGUUCUCGUCGCGCUGGCGCUGCCCGAGCCACUGCAUCUCGGCGCUCAUUCAGCUCAACCACACGCGCCGCGGGCCCGCCCUGGAAGACUGUGACUGCGCGCAGGACGAGAACUGCAAGUCCACCAAGCGCGCCAUUGAGCCGUGCCUGCCCCGGACGAGCAGCGGCGGCGCGGGCGGCCCGGGCGCGGGCGGGGUCAUGGGCUGCACCGAGGCCCGGCGGCGCUGCGACCGCGACAGCCGCUGCAACCUGGCCCUCAGCCGCUACCUGACCUACUGCGGCAAGCUCUUCAACGGGCUGCGCUGCACCGACGAGUGCCGCACGGUCAUCGAGGACAUGCUGGCCGUGCCCAGGCGGCGCUGCUUCAACGACUGCGUGUGCGACGGCCUGGAGCGGCCCAUCUGUGAGUCGGUCAAGGAGAACAUGGCCCGCCUGUGCUUCGGUGCCGAGCUGGGUAACGGCCCGGGCAGCAGCGGCUCGGACGGGGGCCUGGACGACUACUACGACGAGGACUACGACGACGAGCAGCGCGCCGGGGGCGCGGGCGGCGAGCAGCCGCUGGACGAUGACGACGGCGUCCCGCACCCGGCGCGCCCGGGCGGCGGCGCUGCAGCCACGGGCGGCCGCGGGGACCUGCCCUACGGGCCGGGGCGCAGGAGCAGCGGCGGCGGUCGCUCGGCGCUCGGAGGCGCUUGGACCCCGCUCGCCUCCAUCUUGCUGCCGCUGCUGCCGCUGCUCUUUUAGCCCUGGAGUCCCCCGCCGUGGGCUGCGGGAGGGCCUGCGCCGGGGCACCUGUGGCACGGGGACCGAGGGGAUGGUUUGGAUACUUUCCAAAGCGUGUACUAAGUAGACUCUGCCUAGCGGGUCUCUCCUGCACGACUCUUGGCACUUCUCCCGUGUCCUCUCCCGAGCAUGACUUCUUGGACAUCCUCCCCCUCCCAUUCAGGCUCCAGAAACUCCCAGCUCGUCUGCCCAGCGGAAACCGGCCUAGCUAGAGUUUAGGAUGCCGGGGAUGGAAUGGGGGAGGCGGGGUGGGUGGGUGGGUGGGUGGGAUGUGGAGAGAGGAUACUGACCUGUGGGGCCUUAACAGUUUCAAAGGAGUGGGCUUGGAGCAGGAGUUUGAAGGAAGAUUUACAUUUGCAAAGGGGCUGUUUAUUAGCAUUUUAACUGUGCGGGGUGGGGGGGGGGGGGGGGGAGUGCCGGUGUCGACUUUUAUUGUGGCCAGUGAGGACAUUGCAAUCGUGAGUAAACAGAAAAGUCCACUAACCGAUUCAUUUGUUUACUCUUGGUCAGCGCUCAGAAUUCUGUUUGGGCGGGGGAGGGGGAAAGGGAAGGGGUUAAUAUGCCUGAAUUCGUUUGGGGCAACUGUGAGCCCUUGACCUUAAUUUCAUUGCCACCACUCUGAUCUCUUAGCACAUUUCUUAGGAUUAAGGGUCAAAAAGAUGCUGAUCUAAAGGGUUGCUAGUGGUGUUGAACAAUGCAACUUUUAUGUAAAAGAGCUGUGCACUGCCAUCUAUGAAAGGCUCUUACGAUGUUUGUCUUGUCAUUUUGUUCUUUACAUCAAAUUGUAUGUACAAAUACGCGGAGAAAAUAUAUUGCCUCUGCUUUUAUCAGGGUGCUACACUCUGGUACUUCUAUAUAAAGUGUAUUAAAACUGGGAUUUGUUACCAGUGGCUGUACUGUGUAUAUAGAAUUUUUAUAAAUUGUAUGCUUCAGAAAUAAUUUAUUUUUAAAAAGAAAUUAAAAAUUUAAAUCUGCAACCAUGUUACACUUUCCUCCCUGAAAGGUAUAGAAUCCGUGUGUCACCAGGGAUCCAAACCCACAGUCCAUUGUGAAGUGUGCUCUAUCUAGAACAGUCUUAAAAUGUACAGUGUAUUUUAUAGAUUGAAGUUAACAUUGUUAUUUUCAAGAGAAUUUAUGGACAUUGUAGAAAUGUAUAAAUGCAUUUCCAAACUGCCUUAAACAUUGUAUUUUAUAGACAUCGUUUAAAAAAAAAAGUCCUAUGUUUUAAAUAA